GCCGCGGGGAGGCGGCUGGCAAGCUGCGCGGCGGGUCAGUCGCGCGGAGAGCGCGGGGUCGGGAGGCAGGAGUGUGCGGAGGGUCUCGGGCUGGAGCUGCGGGACGUCGCCGGGCCAUGGCACCUCCUGUCAAAGGCAAAAGGAAACAGUCAGAGGACGGUGACCCCCUAGACCCACCUGUGUCUCCUCCACCCGAUGCUGAGCAGAACAGGAGCCAGAGCCCCGUCCAGCUGGAGGACUCCCCCGAGGCAGGCGGGGAGCGGGAGGAGGAGCAGGCCUUCCUGGUCAGCCUCUACAAGUUCAUGAAGGAGCGACACACGCCCAUCGAGAGGGUGCCCCAUCUCGGCUUCAAGCAGAUUAACCUGUGGAAGAUCUACAAGGCUGUGGAGAAGCUGGGGGCCUAUGAGCUGGUGACUGGCCGCCGCCUCUGGAAGAACGUGUAUGACGAGCUGGGGGGCAGCCCGGGCAGCACCAGCGCCGCCACGUGCACGCGCCGCCACUACGAGAGGUUGGUCCUCCCAUACGUGCGGCACCUGAAGGGAGAGGAUGACAAGCCCCUACCCCCCUCCAAGCCCAGGAAGCAGUACAAGAUUGCCAAGGAGCCUCGGGGGGAUGACGGGGCCACUGAGAGGCCAAAGAAAGCCAAGGAGGAGAAGCGGGUGGACCAGAUGAUGCCAGGAAAGACCAAAACAGAUGCCCCUGACCUGGCAAGGCUUCCUAGCCAGGAGCCCUCCAGGGACAGCAUGGAACAGCAAGGCCCAGCCCCUGGGCCCUCUCUGCCCUUCGUGGGUGCCAGCGGCUGCCCUGAGGCCUACAGGCGGCUUCUGUCCAGCUUCUACUGCAAAGGGACACAUGGUAUCAUGUCACCACUGGCCAAGAAGAAGCUUCUGGCCCAGGUGAGCAAGGCGGAGGCCUUGCAGUGCCAGGAGGAGGGCUGUCGCCACGGGGCAGGUGGGGAGUCCCAGGCACCCCCAGCUAUUCGGCCCCUGGAGAAUCCCCGGAGCCCAGGAGGGCCGGCCGAGAACCCCAGGCACCGGCUGACGCCUCCGGAGGGAACACAGGGCCCUGGUGGCAGCCUCAAGGAGGAGGCUCAGGUGGGCCCUCGCCCGUCGGCCCCCAUCUUCACUGGCUGCUUCCAUGCCUACCCCACCGAGGUGCUGAAGCCUAUCAGCCAGCACCCCCGGAACUUCUUCCCCAGUCUUAAAGAUGGGGUGUUAUUAGGGCCUCCUAGCAAAGAGGAGGGGCUGCCAGCCAAAGAGCCCCAGCUGGUGUGGGGCGGGGAUGCCGACCACCCCUCUGCAUUCCACAAGGGCGGCUCCAGAAGGGGCGGCCUCUACCCCAAACCCAAAGCCUGCUGGGUGUCCCCCAUGACCAAGGUCCCUGCCGAGAGCCCCGUGCCCCUGACCACCUUCCCAAGCAGCCCAGGCCUGGGCAACAAGCGCAGCCUGGAGGAAGAGGGCUUGGUCCAUGGCGGCAAAAAACUGCGGGCAGUGUCUCCCUUUCUUAAGGAGGUGGAUACCAAGGAGUGCGGGACCAAGUCUGUGGGGCCCGACUUGGCCGUCUCCUGCCUGCUGGGCCCGGCCCUGGGGCCCACCCUUCCAGAGGCCUACAGGGGCACCAUGCUGCGCUGCCCACUGAACUUCGCCAGCACCCUGGACCCCUUAAAGGGCCAGGCCACACUCCCUUUCAGCCCCCUGGUCAUCCCGGCCUUCCCAGCCCACCUCCUGGCCACUGCAGCACCCUCACCCGUGGCCGCUGGCCUGAUGCACUUCCCCCCCGCAUCCUUCAACAGUGCCCUGCGCCACAGACUUUGCCCAGCCUCGUCUGCGUGGCACGUGCCACCUGCCACAACCUAUGCAGUGCCCCACUUCUCCUUCCACCUCAACACCAAGCUGUAGGCCUGAGCCCGUAACACUGUGCACAGGGUCUGACUCAGCCUGGGAUGGGUAGGCACUGCCAAGGGUCUCUGGGCCGGAGCCCACUCCUCAGGAGAACUCGGCUGUGCCUGACGCAGGGACGCGCCCUCGGCUUGGGAGCCUGGCCCGAAGAGAAGCAGUGAGAAAAGUGGGUUUAUCUCUCAAGGAGGCAGCCUGAGCCCAGGAGCUGGGGGCCCAGUGGUUGCAAGGCCUUGGGAGAAGAUGUUAAGGCUGACGGCUCCCAGCCGGGGCCCCAGAGCAGAGGCCAGGGGCGGGGUGAGGGGUCGAGGGGCUGGUUAGCAGCGUGAGGCAUCCAGGCUGCCUGCGGAAAAGCCAAUAAAACACCUGUGAAUCCACGCAGCCCUGAGGUAUGUGUGGCGUGGACCUUUGCAAGGGCAAGGUGGGGGCAUCCUUGCGGGCAGCGCCUCCCACAGGGUGACACAGGGGAGCCAAGGAGAGGGACCUGCCCAGCACCUGCUCGGGCCUGGGAUGCCAUCACCCCGAUGAAGAGUGGGACCCAGAGCCAAACCCAGCCUCCCGCUCAUACCUCAGCAGGCUGUGCCCUUCAUCCUGUGCCUUCAAUCCGCUUGGCUAGUUGCGCCUCAGGACAGCUGCCUUUUACCUACCUCAUGGUACAGGUGGGGGCCUGAGGCUCAGAGAGGGCUGGGGACGUGCCCAGGUUCCCCCGCAGGUAAGUGGGGGAGCAGAGCUGUGCACUCGGGCGUGACUCCAGUGCUCUGAGCUAAGCCACAGGGCCUGGCUGGCGGGAUGCCCUGCAGCACCCCUGGGGGCUGAGGGCGUGAGCAGGAAGCGCUGGUCCGCCCUGGUGGUGGACGCAGACUUG